GGUGCUAGUUCUGCAGCGGACAAACAUGGCUGCCCCGACGUUGACUGCGAGGUUGUACUCCCUGUUGUUUCGCAGGACCUCUACCUUCGCCCUCACGAUCGCCGUGGGCGCUCUAUUCUUCGAGCGCGCCUUCGAUCAAGGCGCGGACGCGAUCUACGAACACAUCAACCAGGGGAAGCUGUGGAAACACAUCAAGCACAAGUAUGAGAACAAGGAGUAGUUCCUUGGAGGCCCCCAUCCCAGCCGGAAGGAUCAGGUCUACCCAUCAGCUCUUUGCCUGGAGCCAGGGCCUUGGCUUGAAGAUGAUGCUCACGUCACUCUCCAUGGACCACCUUUAGCUGUUGGCAGGAAAUGGCUUCACCUGACAGACUCUUUAACUUCUGCUAUGUUUGAAGUUUGAUUAGAAUCAUCACAAAUAAAUGUAAAUUGUCCC